AGGAAGGAGGUUUCCGUGCUGUGGGUGGUAAUUAUCAUCCAGCCUGAGAAGACAGAGACGCAGCAGCAGCAGCAGCAGCAGACACACUCACACUGCCACAUCACACACACAGCCUGCUGCACUACAACAUGCAUUUAGGAGUUUCGCUGCUGUUCCUUUUCUUUGCGAGAAGUUGUCGGUGCGCCCCGCAGCAGACUUGUCAUCCCGGAGACGAGUUUUUAGGAAGAUGCAGCAACAGCGUCUAUGAGGAAAAACCUACGUGCACAGAGCUGAACCUGGGCUACUGCAAUGAUUUGGAAUAUUCUAGCACCAUAUUCCCCAACAUCCUCGGCCACCGGACUCGCAUGGAUGCAGAGUCAGGAGCAGAGUACCUCCUCCUCAGCGUCAUCCACGGUCUGCUCAACGGGGAGUGCUCCCCUGAGAUCCGUCUCGUAGGCUGCUCGGUGCUUGCCUCGCCCUGCAAGGAUAACAAGAUGAUCAAACCGUGUCGAAGCACAUGUGAGGCACUGAGGAAGGACUGCGCUCAUGCCUUUGAGGCCAUCCAGAUGGCUUGGCCCUACUUCCUGGACUGUGAUCGCUUCUUUGCCAGCGACCAAGAGGGCUGCUUCGACCCGCUGGCAGGGCUGAAAGCCAGACAGGAGCUGGCGAUGUCCAGUCUGUCUCCUGAGGAGCCCAGCACCAUCAUCCAGUUCACCUACACCUCCAACGCCCAGAUGUACAGCUUACUGAAGAGAACGGCAGCCAAGUGCUCCCAUAUCUCUCAUGUGUACAGCAUCGGACGCAGCACUGAGGGCAGAGAUCUGCUGGUGAUUGAGUUCACCAACAACCCGGGACAGCAUGAGCUGUUGGAGCCAGAGAUCAAGUUGGUGGGCAACAUGCAUGGCAAUGAGGUUCUGGGCCGCCAGCUGAUCCUGUAUCUGGCCCAGUACCUGUGUUCAGAGUAUAUUCUGGGAAACCACCGAAUUCAGACCAUCAUCAACACGACUCGCAUCCAUCUCCUGGCCUCCAUGAACCCUGACGGCUAUGAGCUAGCCGCCGCAGAGGUAGAGGAUAGCAAUGACCCGGAGCUCGCCAACCAUGAAGGUCACUUGUUGAAUGGUUGGACCAACGGUCGGACCAACGCCCAGAAUCUUGACCUAAACCGCAACUUUCCGGACCUCACCUCCACAUUCUACCGGAACCGACGCAGUAGACACUAUCGCAUUGACCACAUCCCAAUCCCUGAUGCCUACUGGUUUGGGAAGGUGGCACCAGAGACCUACGCAGUGAUGAAGUGGAUCAGGUCGCUGCCCUUCGUUCAGUCUGCCAGCCUCCAUGGAGGGGAGCUGGUGGUCUCCUAUCCCUUCGACUUCUCAAGACAUCCACAUGAGGAGAGGAUGUUCUCACCCACUCCAGACGAGCAGGUCUUCAAGCAGCUGGCUCGUACCUAUGCUGAUGCUCACGCCACCAUGUCCAACAAUGACACUGAGCGGUGUGGAGCCUCCUUCUAUCGAACCAGGGGCAUCAUCAACGGGGCUCUGUGGUACAGUUUUGCUGGCGGAAUGUCAGAUUUCAAUUACUUGCACACCAACUGUCUGGAGAUCACAGUGGAGCUUGGCUGUGACAAGUUUCCCUCAGAGGCCGAGCUUUACCCAGAAUGGAAGAGGAAUAAAGAAGCACUGCUCUCUUUUCUGGAGUCUGUCCACCGAGGGAUAAAGGGACUAGUUAAGGAUAAAGAUGGAAACGGGAUUAAAGGUGCAACUAUUACUGUCAAGGGGAUACGCAAAGAUGUCACUACAGCUGAAGAUGGAGACUACUGGCGGCUGCUGAACCCCGGCACUCACAUCCUGACAGCCACAGCCAAGGGUUACUCCAGGGUCAGCAAGAGGGUCCAUCUGCCUCACAACAUGAACAAACCCGGACGUGUCGACUUUGUCCUGGAAAAGGUUCCCGUGGAGCCCGACAUCGACGACCACCUCUUCCCCACAGUUGACACAUGGGAUCGAUUCGACCCCUACAACCAGUUUGAACGCUACAGCGAGCCAGAUGUGGCCGAGGGGGGGAUAGAGCGACAGGAGAAACCGUGGUGGUGGAACUACUUCUCCCAGUCUGGCGUCACACCUCCACACUGGCUGCUGAGAAAUGUUUAGGCACAUGGGAAAUAAAGAUCCCGAUGUACCACUACACAGGGUGACUGGGGAUGGACGGCUCCACAUCCUGGUGCUCUCAGAGGCGUCUAUGUAGCAAGAGCUGUGAUGCUGAAAUCAUCAGUAAUCAAAUGCAUUUCAGUGCUUCCUGGAAGGAUGUGAAUAGGCUUUUUUUUUUCCCCACCAGGAAAACAAAUUUAAUUCCAGUCCGUUUUGGGCUAAUAUUGUUUUUGAUGCUGCAUUUAACUUGUUCACAGUAAACAUUGGAUCACUGGGAAAUAAAUGCGAUGCCACAGUUGUCCACCCUGUAAACAUGAUGAUGUCAUAAUCACGGGUUAACUUUUCACAUGUGACGGCAGCUGCAUUUGUGCACAUGUGCAAAAAAGUUUGGUACUUUUUUUGUUGUCACAUUCCACAAAUAAAUUUCCUGUAAGAUUUUUUCCACAUUUUCUGCAAUAUAUAUGGCAACUGUUUUAACCUUCUGAACUAGUAGCAGCGUCUGAUACGGAGCGCCACAUUUAAUUAACAUUGGAUUAGCAGUAAAACUGUGCCAUCUGUGAACAGUAGAAAUUCUUGCUUUGUUUGUUUUUCACAAGCAUAAAAAAUAUAAAUUAAAAAGUUCUGGCACUUU